CAGUAACCCGGAAAUCCGCUUCAAGUGGGAUGGUGCGGGACUCGUUUCCGGAGCUCGGCUGGGCACACAUCCGGAAAGAUGGUUCCUAGUAGAUGACAGUGCCCACGUACAGCCGCAUGGUAGUGUAGCCGUGCCCGACCCUGUAGUGUGUGAAGAUGUCAGACGUUGGGGUGGAGAAGAGGGAGGAUUGCAGGGGCUGGACUGACAAGCAGAAAGAGGAAUUCUAUACCAAGUUUAGAGAACAGAAGGUUGUAGUUGAGGAAUUAUCCAGCCUGAAGAAAGAUCGGAAAGUGUACAGACAGCAGCCCAAUAGCAACAUUUUCUUUCUUGCAGACAAGUCUAAAACACUGAGUGAAUGCAAAAAAACACUGGAUGACCUGACGCAUACAUAUCAGAUUUUCGAGAACUCUGAAAAGAUACAAGACCAGAAUUAAAGCCUUUGUGUGCUUUUGAAGAUGUGUGGAAUAUGUUGUACUGUCAGUUUAUGUGCCCAUGUGGACACAUCCAUAUAUCAGGAAAACAAGAAGCUAAUACGAAGAGGCCCUAAUGGCAGCCAGCAGCUAAUGAGAAGUGAUCCCACCCACCAUUACAGUUGUUAUUUCUCUGGCCAUGUACUCCAUCUAAGAGGAGAACUGACCCCACAGCCUCUGCAGGAUGAAAACGGCAAUGUUUUUCUUUGGAAUGGAGAAGUUUUUGGAGGAAUUGAAGUUUUGUCUGCAGCCAACGAUACCUUUGUAAUGUUUCAGCAUUUAACCUCUUGUGAUAAUGAGCAUGACCUAUUGUCAGUCUUCUCUAAGGUGCAAGGACCUUGGGCUUUUAUUUACUAUCAAAGAAAAAAUCGCAGCCUUUGGUUUGGAAGAGAUUUUUUUGGUCGACGAAGUCUCUUAUGGAAAUUUAGUGAUGAUCUGGAAGAAAUGUUGAGUCUGACUUCCGUGGCAGAAUCCCUGACCGAUGACGGUCAUUGGCAGGAAGUCCCAGCAUCAGGGAUUUUCAGGUGUGACCUGAGUACCUGUGCCCAGGUAAAAUCCAUAUCACUGACAUGGUAUCCUUGGGUGUCUGUAUCAGAAACGCAGCUUCCUAGAGCAACCGUACACGAUGAGGAACAAAAAUGGAUUUUAAACACCCUCCCAAAAUGUGUAACUCAACUAAAUCUUGGAAGUGAUGGACUCCUUGUGCCAGUUUCUGCAUUGAACACAGACAUUCCUGAAACAUUUUCAGAACAGAAAUGUAAGACAGUAAGUUUAGAAGAACUUCAAUUGUUGAUUUCUGAUGAACACGGGAAAAAUAUUCAGUUGUUUGUAAAUGUUUUAAGUGAAGCUGUGCUGAAACGAGUUCUGAACCUUCCACGCUUAAAUCGGUCAUCGUCUCCAGCGCCUGAAAGACAAGUAAAUGUUGCCAUACUUUUUUCUGGUGGAAUUGACUCUAUGAUUUUAGCUGCACUUGCAGAUCGCCAUGUUCCACUUGAGGAACCCAUUGACCUUUUAAAUGUAGCUUUUAUGAUGCGAGCCCCAAAUCGGCAGAAGGCACCUUCGAAAAAAUGCAGUCGAGGGAAAACUCCAAGCUCUGCGUUAACAGGAAACCAAUCUAAUCCUGAUGCUGUGCUGACAGAUCCCUUUAAUGUCCCCGAUCGAAUAACCGGCAGAUCUGGUUUGGAGGAGCUUAAAGCCUUGUGUCCAACAAGAAUAUGGAAUUUUGUAGAAAUAAAUGUCACUCUGGAGGAACUGAAUCAAAUGAGGCAAAAGUAUAUAUCUCAGUUGAUCUAUCCAUUGAACACCGUACUUGAUGAUAGUAUUGGCUGUGCUGUUUGGUUUGCUUCUAGAGGAAUAGGUAUGCUGCAAAGUAAUGGAGAGAAGAAACCAUACAACAGCACUUCUAAGGUUGUGCUGACUGGUAUUGGUGCAGAUGAACAGCUUGGUGGUUACUCUCGUCAUAGAGUCAGAUUCAAUAAGUUGGGAUACAAGGGUCUUCUUGAUGAGCUGAGUAUGGAAUUGGGACGCAUCUCCUCUAGAAACCUUGGGCGGGAUGACCGAGUUAUUGGUGACCAUGGCAAAGAAGCAAGGUUUCCAUUCCUUGAUGAAAAUGUGGUCUCAUUUCUAAACUCUUUGCCAAUCUCAGACAAAGUGGACUUAACAUUGCCCAGAGGACUUGGUGAAAAAUUAAUUUUGCGCAUGGCAGCUGUGAGUUUAGGACUUGGUAACUCCUCCGUCCUGCCAAAAAGAGCAAUGCAGUUUGGAUCCAGGAUUGCAAAAAUGGAAAACAGUAAUGAAAAAGCUUCAGACAAAUGCAACAGACUUCAGACAGAAAUCAUUGAUUGAAUAGGCUUUUAGUUGUUUUAUGGAAAGUUGCUGUAAGAACAUAUACUAUAUUUUACAUUUAAAAUACUGCUAAUAAAAUUUAAUUGAAAAUGAUAAAAA